GAGCAGGGCGGGCGCGCGCCGACAGAACUCCUCGCGGCUGCGCUCGCGGGCGUCACCUCAGCGCUGCCCGGCCGCCGCGGUGGGAUCCUGCGGGGCGGGGAGAGGGGGACCGUCAGACACGUUGAGGUGUUACCUCCUGCUGCGUGUCCUCCAUCUUUGUCCGGUUCCUUAGGGCUGCUGGGAGCCCUGGCCCUCAUAUUUCCUUGGCACAACACCUCACACGAGGUGAUGGCUGCCACUCUUGAGCACACGAGCUUGGAGGAGGAACAGCCUCCUAACAAGAAGGAAACCAUGACCUGGAAACCCACAGAAGUUAAGCCCAAAAUAUUAGGGCAAACUAAAGCAGAUGAAUGUUUGCUGAAGAAUAUCCUAUGUGUCCUUGAUAGUGACUCUGAAGGAAGUGAAUUCUCUGAUAUCUCUGCAUGUGAAGAUGAUGUCAGUCUGCAUACAGACACUGACAUGGAAGACUUGUGUGGUGAACUCUCUCGUAUGCCUGAGGAUGUAACUUUCCCUCAGCAGCAAACUGCUUCGACGUAUGAGGUGGAGGACUGGGAUAAAGAGUUGGAGGAGUCUGAAUGUAGUCCUUAUGAUGCUGGUGAUCUCUACUGUGGAAGCUUUCAGGAAAAUAAUCUUUUGGCCUCGUACUCAUUUCGAGAGGAUUCAUUGUACAACCCGUGCUGUCACCAUGCAGCUUGCCUUGCUUUUACGCUGCCAGUUAGAAUGACUGAGGUUGGCCAGUUUGAUGAUGCUGAUGAAUGAGGUCAGAACUAAGUUUGGCUUCUGAGUUGGAUUGUUCUUCACUGACUGAGUUGCAGGUGCUAACUGUAAGCUGCUAGUGCACUUCUGGACUGUUUUCUGUUUGUGUUUCUGUGUUGCUAAUUCAUUGUUUGGGAGGAAGUAUGUAAUUUCAAAUCUUAGCUUGAUUGCAAAGUGUUGCUGAUUUUGGCAUGCCUGGUACUUGCAUGUCUGGACACUUAACCUGUAAUUUUCUUUCAUUUGUUAUGGUAUUGGUCUUAAAAACUCUUCUUCCUUCCAAUAUUCUGUUGUACUCCUGUGUUGCAGUUUGUGACUACAUAUUAGUUGUGACAAAAUUAGACGUGGCAAUACAAAAUGAGUUCUUUUGGUUUGAUGUGUUUCAAUACAAAGGAAUUUGCAAAAUGUCUGUGAAGUAUGUAACACAUGUGGGCAUAUAUUUGGGAUUGUUUCCUGUAGAAAUUCUGUGUGUUUGACAGACUCCCAGGAAAGAUUUCUGCACAUCAGACCUCAUACUCAGGUGUAUUGUCUUCCAGUCUCACAGUUGUCUGACACUGUGUGAGGAUGUUUUAAAGACAUGUAAUGACAAAGAAAAUACGCUUAUGUGAUCUCAGUGUGUCCUGCGAACAGCAGUGAAUUGAGAUUCAUGAUAUUACUGAUACUUUGAUAUUUCUUUGUUGACAAAUGAGGAAAUGGGAACACAAAAUACUUCCAUAAAGUUUCCAAGAGAAUAGCUGGAACUGGAACUAUAUCCUUUUUGCCUCUGCUUUGGAAUUAAAGGAAAUGUUCUCAAAUGAA